ACAGAGAGCAGAGUUCAGGGGUGCGCUGUGUACAGAGAGCAGAGUUCAGGGGUGCGCUGUGUACAGAGAGCAGAGUUCAGGGGUGCGCUGUGUACAGAGUGCAGAGUUCAGGGAUGUGCUAUGUACGGAGUGCAGAGUUCAGUGGUGCGUUAUGUACUGUACAGAUUGCAGAGUUCAGGGGUGCUCUAUGUUCCGGGGUGCACUUUGUACAGAGUGAUGAGCUCAGGGGUGCACUAUAUACAGAGAGAUGAGUUCAGUUGUGCUGCAUGACUAAUGAUGGGGACACUGAUGGAGGGACCUCUAAUGAUGGGGACACCGAUGGAGGGACCUGUAAUGAUGGGG